AUGCCGGUGGCGGCCGAGCUGCUGAUAUCAAGAAGUCUUAUUAAUGUGAACUGGACCGCCCCAACGAACGGCGAAACAGCCUCCUGCACCAAGCCGUCGGCAACCGCAGAGUUGACGUCGUCAAGAUUCUCCUCCAGAAUAAAGCCGAUCCACACGCAAGAUCGCUUCGGCAAAACGCCAUUGCUACUGGCAGUACCGAUUCGUGACCAGAAGAUGGUGGCCUUGUUGCCCAAGUCUGGAGCUGACGCCAACCUCAAGGCAGGAAACUUGUCGAAUCCUUUCCUGCAAGCACUGCAAUUGGGAGACACUCAAAUCGCACAGGUGCUUGUCGACCACGGAGCGCAGGUCAACGCCUUGAACCAAGAUGGCCUGAAACCUGUGUAUGUAGCUGCAGAGGUAGGUGAUGUCGCCAUGCUGGGAUUUCUUCUUGAUAGAGGAGCCGACAUCGAUGCUCCCCCCGAAUCUGGCAUUUGGACGCCCUUGAUGGCUGCUGCCAAUUGGAGUCAGAUGGUGACUUUGCACGAGCUCCUCAAUCAUGGAGCCGACCAUGGCAUAGAAAGUCCUUUGAAUGGUCUCACGGCUUUGCACUUUCCGGCAACUCAAGGUCCUCCCGAAGCUGUAGGCUUGUUUUUGGCCUACGGCGCAUUUCAGAAAAGGAGUCGGCACGGAUUCCCGGUCGACAUGGCAAUUCAAUGUCGACAAUAUGAAUCUGCCGAUCUUCUGUAUGAGUAUGGCAUGACUGAACCUCCACCAGGCGCCCCCUUCACGGAAAGACUGUGGCGGGCUUAUUGUGAACCAACUCUGUGUCCUCCCAUCACGGAAGUUCCGCCAAAAGAUACCGGGAGUCCGACACGGUACUACCCUGUCAAGUCCGCUGCUUCUCCAGCAUCUACAGUCUCUUCCAGCCCGUAUCCACCAAUGGAUACUGCAUUCAGUUCAUCCCUGCGCCGAAGGAUACCACCUCAUACUCCGGCCGCAACACACCACAUUACGGAUCAGUACAACCAUCGUACUAAGUCGUUUACUCCCUCUAAAGCAUCUGCCAGCUCCCAUCUGCUCAUGAUGCCUGCGACCGGCCCCUCUCCACAAUCGAGAAAAGGCCCAUACGUGUCUUACCUCGCACCGUCAACAGCGCAACCGUACGAAUAUCAGCACAGGACGCCUUCAACGUCGGCCAUCUUUCCAGGGCUCGAGUUGCAAGCUGCCGGAGUCGAGCGUGCCCCGGACUCGCUAAUAUGCCAAGGUCAGCAGCGCAGAGUAUCACAACAUAGAAGAUCUCGCCGCCGGAACGAGGCUCGCGACAACGCCAGCACACAAGGUCAUCGUGACACCGACAAUGAUCCAUGA